AAAACUGUUAUGAGUGCUCUAAUGACAAACAACCUAAGUUGAUCGAAACUUCGUGACCUACAUCGGUGUCCUCAGUCAGUCCACAUGCGUACCAACGUCAACGAAAGCUUCAAACAACUGUUUUUUUCACACUCGCGUGGACUGUUACUAUGACUACCACAGGGCGCCGCAACUGCUACAGCAUCGGUAUCAUAACAAAUCGCAGCGCAGUGGUUUUGAUGCACAACGGUGAUUUCGGGGUGGAACAAAGCAGGCACGCAUGUGGAAACAUCAAAAUCGGCGGCCUGGCCAAGCCACUGCACAUGGAUGGACUGCGGCCAACUUCCUCUGUUAUCAGAGGCGGUAGUUUCGAGCAGCAUUUGGCAGCCCGACAUAUGAUGCUACACUGGCUGGCAACCCAGAAAGCCAGUGGCCCACGAGUGGAGGGGUGGAAAACAGUCCAGCGCCACCGCUGCAGUGGUAGUGGCCAAACUGUCAAACCUGCUCAGCCGCUGCCGUCCUGUCGGCAUGGCACCUGCUACAGGAGGCCGAUCAAGUGCCGCACAACUGGCACAGUCACGUCUGGCGCAAAUGCCGUGGUGCUAUCAAGCUCCUCUGCGACAUGCAGAACGAACUAGCGCAGAGACAACACAGAACGAUCAGCCGAACCUCAAAGAAGAAGACCACAGUAGCACAUUGGACAGCAGCACUCCAUACCUGAACUUCUUGGCACGACUAACUGAACACCUUGUCCACCAGCCUGACCUCUCGGAUGAAGCCCUCCAUGGUGCCUGUGAGAAGUACAUUGCCACAGAAGCGAAUGGACUUGACCAGGAUGUCCUGUGGAACCUGGUGCGGGAACUGUUUUCAGAACUGUACCACUCGAAGUACCCAGCAUGCCGAGACAUCAAGAGCAAAGCCACAUGGGUCAGCGAGAAGUUUGACACCAGUGCUUGACUGUGCAAGACAUUACAAUUAUUACCUGUGGUUAGCUGGAAAGUUCCGGCACGCUAGUUCAUAAGCCAGGAACAGUUGUUCAGUCAGAAGUGAGUCCUCUUCAAGAAUGUUUUCUGAAAGUUCUCCAUCAGAAGCACUGUGUGUCUCAAAGCCUGAAGGCGGUACUGUGUAGACUUCUGUUACAAAGAGCAAUAUGUUUAUUCCUUGAGACUAGUGUCAGAGUUGAUCAUACUGCGCUGUGAAGCUACGAUUGUUGUGCUUCCAGGCUUUUCAACUUGCGGUAGAGGCACUGCUUCCAUUCCUCUUCGGGCACGUCUUUGGCCCAAGGAGGCAGGUGAGAGCUGGGCAGUUCAAACCCUGCCAUGGCGGCUUGGAUGGCUUGAAUUUGUGCUGCAUAGGAACCCGAAUCAAAAUUUAUUUUCAGCGUAUUCAUUCAUUCAUUAAAGUAUCCCAUGGGUUCCACAUGAGAACACUGUGUGAGGGAGCGGUAAAUUUUUGUUUUACAGAAAGUCAGCAAAGCAAAAGAAAAGUGAAAAAGAAAGUAUUAUUACAUCUUAAAGUCCUGGCUGUAUGAACUUGAAAUGGCAAAUGAAACACCACACAAUGCCAUUGGUAACACAUAAACAUAAAAUAAAACUGAUGAAUUUUUGAUUGAAUGAAAGCUAAAAAUUAAAUGGGGAUUAAAUAUUACACAACGGUUAGAACGACGUCCACAGAUUAAGGAUCAAAAUGAGCCACACAACAUAGAUAGGUACACAAUUAUAGUGCAAAGCAGUGGUGCUGCCACACGACUUUGGCGUAGAGGGUAAGCCGGCUUACGAAAAAAAAAGGAGCGAUUUUCUUUGUCUUUGGCGGCUGGAGUGAACGAACGCUUCCCACGGUGGGUCUAUUGAGACAGUGCUGGGGGUCACUCCUUAGGAUUCAUUAUGGUCAGUCAACUGUCGAAGACGUUGCAUUCACGGUACCUUGUUGUUAUUGUUUGCUUGUGUGUGUUAUUGAAAUUAUUAGAUUUGGCUGGCGAUACCGUCAUUUGCAAAAGUAGUUGAAUAAAUGUACACGACGUUGGGUUUGCCCAACCGCA